GUUGCCGUAAACCCUUUCCAAUAUUAACGCUCACUUCACUGCAAGCUCAACACAAGACGAUGCUUCCAAGCUAUAAGCAGGUAUCGAUUCAGGAAACGCAGAUGGACUGCACUAGUUCUCGAAAUGUCCCAGCUAGUAGCUUUCAGUCACAGCUAAACUAGCAUCAAGAGCAACAUAUCAAAAAGGAUUAGUGCAUUGUUUGUAAUUCAAACUUUUUCCAGAACAGCUUCAAUGCUGCUGAGAUAACCAGCACAUAAAGUGCAACAGCAAAACAUGCAAUGGACUAAAAGAAAAAGGCACAUCACGCUUCUCAUGAUUGGUCUUGACAACUCUGGAAAGACAUCGACAACGAAGCACCUGUUGAGAGAGGGCAAUCCCGAGGACGUGGUUCCGACGGUGGGCUUCUCAAGCGUCCAGACGGAGCGCUGCGGCUUCCACGUGACUCUCUGCGACCUGGGCGGCGGCGCGAAGAUCCGCGCCAUCUGGGAGCGCUACUACGCGCUCGCCCACGGUCUGGUGCUCGUGGUGGACGCAUCGGCGACGCACAGAGCACCGGAGUGCCGCCGCACCGUCGCGCAGGUGCUGGCCGACCCGCGGAUCAGCGGGAAGCCUCUGCUCGUAUUGCUCAACAAGCAGGACCUUGAGACGGCCGUCGACGAAAUAGAGAUGUGCUCCCUGCUAGACCUGGAGAAUAUGGUCAACCAACACAAGUGCCCCACCCGAGUGGAGAACUGCUGCGCCAUUAGAUUCGGCGGUCGAAGGCGCAAGAGAGAUCCGGGAAUCGAUAAAGGAUUCCAGUGGCUCCUGGGUCACAUUGCCCGCAACUGGGAAGAGCUCAAGGACAGGGUGGAACGGGACACAGCGCUGCAUCGCGAGCAGGAAGAGAGGGACAAAGCGGAGCGCCUCGCCAGGGUCCAAAAGGCGAGAGAGCUAAGGGCCAAGGCAAGUAGAAAGGAAGGCAGCAUACCUGAAGAUGAAGGGGACAAGAACGGCAAUAAAAUAGCCAGUUUCGAGUGUGAGCAGGCAGAAGUCACGGCUGAACGUCCCGGGGAGGAAGAUUCACCGGAUGAGAGGAAGAUGGAGACACCCGACGGUGCCCGCGUGAUAGUCGUCAGUCCCGUUCAGCGCCAUCCAACAGAUGGCGACGAAGAGAAGCGCAGCCUGCGUGAAGGUCGUUGCGAGGAGCAGCUCUCGAAUGACCACCGUCCGUCCACGCCCUCGAACAAGAUGCUGGGACUUUCACUCUACAUCUCAGAGGCGUCCUAUCCACCGAUGACUCAGAUAGAGAUGUGACUGCUCGCCAUGCGCGCCUUGAACUCUUUUUACGCUGUGCAAUGUCACGUGUCUGCCUUUUUUUAUCUUCUGUGCCACACUCUCUACCUGGAAACAAUUAUGCAGGCUUGGUGUGAAAUCCCAUAGCACUGAACGCCUUUAACCUGUCUAUUAAUUCUAUUAAUCAUCUCUGCUCAGCCACACUGCCCGGGUGUGACGUGUCAACACAUCCUAGAUAAAUUUACUCAGGGGGAAAAAAAAAGAUAACCCUGGCCUUUUCAAAUUAGGCAGUGUGUUGCACCACUUUGUGGUCUAUAUAGGCGUGUGUGGAAAUGUACUUACAGAAUAUCAUACAAGGGUUUGCAUUCUCCUAUUGCUCAUGCAUUUGGCAUUUUAAGCACAGGUAUCAGAAGCUAUUUUGCAGAUUAUAUGUCUGUCACGAAUGUUGGUUGAUUUCUAAGUUUACGGACACAUCCUGAUAAAUAUGCACAUAUUUAAAUAUAGGCAGACCCUGUGUUUGAAUAUAGACUUGGCCAGAGACAUUAGAGAGGAAGGAACCUGGUGCUGUGUUACAUGGUCCAGAUUGGCUAUUGGUGGGUGAAUAAUCGAAGUUUAGAAUACAAAUAAAAUAUUAUGCAUUAUAUGUAUAUGAAAAUGAACUAUUCACUAUUUUAGUAUAUCGAAACUAACCAAAUAUUUCACAUUAACUGAAUGCUAAAGUUGGAUUACUGUUUUCUAUCUGGUAAACAAAGUGUCACAAAUUAUCAGAAGGGAUACAAUCAGAAAUAAUUUCAAAGUAAUGCAAAAUCAAAAUGCAAGCUUUGUUUUCAGUUUCGCAGCAGAAACCUACAUGGCAACCUGAGAUUUUUGCUUGCAGUCUGUAUUUUGGUGUUUCUUGCAGACUAAUAAUCUAGUACUUCUAUCUUUUAUGCGAUGAGCAGUGACAUUUUCUUUACCAUGGGCCCUUUUACAUGUACGUAAGGCACAUAAGAGAUUCAGCAGCUAUUUAUUUUUUUUUUCACAACUUGUCAUCUCUUUUUCAUUAAUAAUUUAUUUAUUGUUUUUGCAAAGCUAGUCAUAUAGGGUGUUCUUUAUUUUUUUUGGCUGUGCCAAAUUUUUGAAAAUUGCCUGCAGCAGAUAACACCUUUGACAUUAAUUACUCGAUAGAGUGGCCAUUACCUCUAAAUAAUCAACACACUUAAUUGAUAAUUAACCAAUUUACACUAAUCAACAUUUUAUAUAAUUACCAACCUUACGGCACAUAUUUGAACCCAAAAACUAUAGCAGGUGAGUUCGCAAGGUGUACCCACUUGGAACGAUUUCUCGGGACUGCACCAGUUUUGAGAUAUUACAUAUCAAAGUGCCCGAUGAAAUGCAUUGGUGUUCCAGUUAUCUUUCUUAAGAAAUCGAUGCAUUGAAGUCCAAAAGUAAUUGGAACGCCUAUGCAUUUCGUCAGACACUGAAAAUUAAUAUCUUGAAACAGGGGGAGUCCAGAGAAUUCGCUCCAAGUCCUGCGAACUCACAAGCUACAAUUCGUAGAUUAAAAUGUUGCAUAAUUAAGAGGUUAAUUAGUACGAGUAUGUUUAGUCAAUUAAAUAUUUUGAUUUCUUGUAGAAGUGGUGACUGUCUGAUCGAGAAAUUCAGAUGAAGGAUACUUGAUCUUGACACUAUGCUAUCUGCCACAGGCAAUUUAUAUAGAUUUGGUGCAGCUAAAAAAAAUAAAAAUAUAUACACUAUAGCAGCCAUUCAUUCUUGAAAAGCUUGUUUGUAACCACACUCUAAAGAUGUUGAAAGGCUAUUCGUUGCUAUUUUAAUGACAAUGAGUGUUCUUAUUAAAAUUGAUCCUAUUGUCUGUGCUACUUCGCUGUCCUUUUUUUUCCCCUAUCAGCGCUAGUGUGGCACCAGGUUACAUUGAUAUAAAUAUUUCUGCUGUAAAUAUAUAUAUGCGUCUGCAUUUAGCUAUUCAAUACUCACUAUUUGUACUUGAAAAAGUUGACUUUCACCCACCUCUAGUCUGUACUUAAAGUUCAAGUAGUCUAAAAAUGUGAAUCUGUGCUGUGUGCGUCUAUGGGCCACAAGUGUAUGUGGACGACUCAAGUGAAUGGUGUUACUAGGACGUGCAUUCAGCAAGAAACUGUACGAGCUGUCCAAUCAUUGUUGCUGUUAUGACCCUUUCUUUGUGCACACUGCCAGUUCCAGCUUUCCCCAAAGAGCAUGCAAGGGGAACAGUUAAAUGGUUUCACAAAUACAGCAGUAUAUUGUUUCUUUUAAAGAAGUUGGUGCACCCUGUGGUGUUCGGCAUGUCAGUCACGAUUAUAAGUUGGUUUUGCCUACUUUUUCAUAAUGUUUUAGGGGAUAAAAACGUAAUGUUGACCUAUAAAGAUACAGUAUAUUCAUAGCACGGUUAUGGAUGCAUGCCAUUAGUUCGAAAGAAGGGAGGAGCGGGGGUUCAUAUUUUUUUUGCAUGAACUUGCUUUCCUCAUACAAUCUGUAGAGCGUUGCACAUUGCAGUGAGAAAACAACCACACACUCAUUUCAUAUUGGUGUAAAAAGCAGAUUUUGCUAAAGUU